CAUGUCACCAUCGCCAUCGUCAAUGGCAUCACCGGUGGCUUUUCCUACAACGGCUUUGCAUAUUGAUACAUCCACUCCUCCGCGAGUUACUUCUCCGGUUCUUUCACCAGCUCAAAGAAAAUCCUUACUAGCUGGAGCAUCACCUGGUGAAAGAAUACCAUUCUCAGUGCUUCAGCCUAAUACAAAAUUUAAGAAUCCAGUCUCUCCUUUGGUCGAUUCAUCUUGGAGCGGACCUAAAUCACCUAGACUUCAACGUGAUGGACCCGGUUUUAUUGAAACACUCCAAAAAUCGGGAAAACCCGAAACGCCAUACUUUCAUAGACCAAGAUCUGAAGAACAAAAUCAACAAUUAAAUACGAAUAUAUCACAACCAUACAGAGAAAUAGACAAUCGGGCUCCCAACCCAUUUAGCUCUCCUCUGACUUCCCAACAAUCUCCCUCCUACAAUUAUAAAAUGGGUAAUUCAGUGACUGAUCGGCCUUUAAAACAAAAUCAUGAAAAAUUCAUAAGAAAACCCGAACCCCAACCUCAGACAUCGGUAAGAUCGAAUUCUUCGCACGAAAGACCAAAAGUGUUUGAAGCGAAACCUUUUAGUAAAGAAUUUUUUAAUAGAAUUGGCUCUAAUUGUGUAAACGAAAGACCUUUAACACCAACAAUGCCUUCUAAUAAGCCUAGUUAUGUUGUUCAACAAAAGCGACCGUUAACGCCAACUCUUAAUUCGGACGGCGAAUUGAAAAUUAAGUACAAUCAUAGAGCUGGUGGUAUAGAAGUUCAAGAAAGAGGCAAAGCACCAAAGAAUUACGGAAAUUACGUGAAAUCUAUGACUAGGUCUCAAGAAGAAGAAGAAGCAGAAGAAGAAGAAAAGCGUCAUGUAAGGUUUUCUGAUGAAGAUAGGAAAAAGAUAAGUGAUAAAGCUAGAAAUGCUGCUUUUGAAAAAACGGGUUGGGUGAAACAAUUAAGUCCAAGCGGUAAACCGUGUUGGAAGUUGGAACGAGAUCUGGAAAACCAAUCAUCCUAUUUACAAGACGAUACAAUAAGUCAAACGUUGGGUACGAUCAGAAAGAAAACAGCUCAAGUAAAGGAGGAUUCGCACAAGAACGAUUAUAUAUUUAGAACUAUAGAGAAAAAUACGAGAAAGCACGAAGAACGUUUGGGGCAGAGAUACAACGAGGAAGAGUUUAUACCUAACAUGGAUAGACCUGGAAAAAUAAGUUCACCCUUCCUGGAAAGUGGCUACUCUCCAACGUCUUACAGAAAUUUUAAUGCAGGAAAGAAGUUACGAGUACCUUCUCCAUUAAGUUUCCAGAGUAUUGCUAAUAGGCCAACGUCACCGGCAGACAGUGUUACGUCCGAACCAGCACUCGAUAGCGUAAACAAUCCUACACGGAUAAGUUUUCCUCGUAAAGGUCAAAACAAAGCGAUUUCGAAUCAUAAAUCAUCUGUUCCUUGGGGUGAAUUUUACUCAAAAUAUCAGCAAAAGGAAUCAAAUAGGGAGGAGGCUGGUUUAAGCAGGUUAAUAUCACCAUCAUUCAGGAAAGGCAAUCAUUUUGCUGAUAGACAAGACAGAGACAGCCGCUCUCAAACACCAGUCAUUGAUAUAAAACCCUUAACAAUCGGAUCAAGAUCUAGAACGGCGACACCGUCGCCCACCGCCACUCCGAUCGCCAGCUCUGAUAUACCAAAACCAUCAGAUCUUAUCGAUGCUAUAAAUAGCUUAACCUCCGAAUGGAAUCGUUGUUCAAGAUAUGCUGAGCACGAUUCGAAAGUAACUAGUAAAUACAUGCUAGAUUCGCCGUUAUCGAGGUCGGGUAGGAAGGAAAAAAGUAGAAAGUUAACUAUCCCAGGCCAGAGCUCGUUUGAUAAGGUCAUAAAAGGUGAGGCAAGGGUUUACCCCCUUACCUUCUUCCCUACCGACUUUGCUGUAUAUCUUACUUGCUUGAUACUUGAGACUUUUCAGAUGAAAAUUUUUACUAUUUAG